GCCCUCCGGGAUGGUAUCAGAACGUUCCGAAUGAAGCGGUUGAUACGGGACGUACGUGCGAGCAAUGCCCAGCGCCGUGCAACAAGUGCAACACUGCGGCUGAAUGCACGGAAUGCAAAGAUUCUGCGUUCUUGACGCCUUUCAGCACGUGCGAGCGGCCCUCAGAAUACACAUGCCCGCCUGGCCUCUAUCCCUUCGGCGCGGGGGAAAUCAACAUCACCUGCCAGCCGUGUUCUCCCAACUGUGACACCUGUGACACCUACGAGGUGUGUACCGCAUGCAAGAACGACAAGUUCUUGAACCCAGAUGGGUUGU